AAGAGGACUGCAGCAGCAGCAGCAGUAGCAUCCUGCCCGGACACCUCACAGCAACCUGUCUCCACUCAAGAGCCAUUUAAGUUAAUUAAGGCUUGCCGGCGUCUCUCACCUUUCAAGUCCUCUCCUCGGAUUGUGGCGUGUCACGAUGAGGAGUCUGGCGCUGCUGUUAGGGGUGAAAGCCGCUUGCAUCCUCUUGGUGUCUUCGCUCUCCGGCACAGGGGCAGUCAACAACAGCGGCCGGUGGUGGGGUAUUGUCAAUGUGGCUUCCUCGUCCAACCUCCUCACCAAUUCCAAGAACGUGCAGUUGGUCCUGGACCCAAGCCUGGCCCUUCUGAGCCGUCGCCAGCGCCGGCUGAUUCGGCAGAAUCCUGGCAUCUUGCAUGCCAUCGCCGCUGGACUGCACACUGCCAUAAAGGAGUGCAAGUGGCAGUUCCGCAACCGCCGCUGGAACUGCCCGACCACCCACAGUCCAGCAGUUUUUGGCAAAAUUGUCAAUCGUGGUUGCCGAGAGACAGCAUUUGUAUUUGCCAUUACCAGCGCAGGAGUGACCCACGCUGUGGCUCGUUCCUGCUCAGAGGGGGCUAUUGAGACGUGCACAUGCGAUUAUCGCCGCCGAGGUCCUGGAGGACCAGACUGGCACUGGGGAGGCUGCAGUGACAAUGUGGAUUUUGGCCGGAUGUUCAGCCGUGAGUUUGUGGACUCCAGUGAGCGGGGCAGAGAUCUGCGCUAUCUCACCAACCUGCACAAUAAUGAAGCCGGCAGGAUGACUGUGUCAUCAGAGAUGCGUCAGGAAUGCAAGUGCCAUGGCAUGUCUGGCUCCUGCACAGUGCGCACCUGUUGGAUGCGCCUGCCCAGCUUCCGCACAGUGGGAGACUUUCUUAAGGACCGGUUUGAUGGCGCAUCCAGAGUUGUUUAUGCCAACAAGGGCAGCAACCGUGCCUCUCACCGAGCCGAUCCCCGGCAUCUAGAGCCUGAAAACCCAGCUCACAAACCCCCUUCGUCUAUGGAUCUUGUCUAUUAUGAGAAAUCACCCAACUUCUGCUCCUACAAUGGCAAAACUGGCACUCUGGGAACAUCGGGGAGAACGUGCAACAGCUCUUCUCCGGGCCUGGAUGGCUGUGAGCUGCUCUGCUGCGGACGUGGGUUUAAGUCCCGGACUGAAAGCGUGACUGAACGCUGCCACUGCACAUUCCACUGGUGCUGUCAUGUCAGUUGUCUGAACUGCACCAGUACAAGGACGUUACAUCAGUGUCUAUGAUCAAACAUGGGCACGUAGGCAAAGACUUAGGAAUAUACAAGGAGCAAAGAAGAACUUAGGUAGCUGGUUGAGAAGCCACUAGCACUCAUGUGCUUUAAGUUGUUAGGCUGAAGCUGGAAAAGCUUCAAGGCGGGUAAACUAAUACAGGGAAAUCCUGGCACAAAAAUUCAAUCAGUAUUUUUAAACUUAGGAGAAAGGGAAAAGCACAAGUAUGUGAACAGGGUAUAGAGGGAGUGUAUGUCUUACUCUUUAAUGCUUAACCUUAAGUAAAUUAACACUACAAUGAUACUUGUAGAAUGGGAACUGUCCCUCGAGUGUUUACAUGCUAGAAAAAUAGGAGUAAAUGGACAAAAGGAUGUGGUGGAGAAUUGAUCAUUGUAACCAGGUACCACUAGGGCCUUGUUUCUCCCCAACAAAGGGCAGAAACUGGACACAAUGUUUCACAGAUGUUUCUGUGGCCACAGAGCCACAAACAUAUGCUCUCAUAAACUGGCGAGGACCUCUAACAAGAGGAAGCUUAUUUAAAAAAAAAAAAAAAAAAUCUGUGUUUUGUUUUCUCUUGCUGAAGUUUGGCGUCCCUCCCAUGAAACUGGUUGAAGUUUAUCUCCCUGGAUGGGAUAUCUGUUCCAUGCUUGUGUACUUAGGAAUUGUAUGCAACCCAACCACUUCUAGUUUCCCUGCCACAUUUGCCCAUUUUGUUUAGGUUUCUCCAGAUCUGAAUUCACCUCAGCCACAUGUACCACUCCGGCUUGCAACAGGAUGGUCCUUAUUUUACAUGACUAGGAGCAGGGAGCACAGAAACUGACUGAAUGAAUCUUACUAAGGCAAUGUAAUUUGAAUGUAUUAUCAAUACACUGAAUAUCACGGCGUGAUUUAAGCAAAUCUGGGGGAUCAAUACGGAAAAUAACAUAAAACACUAAUAAAACAAUGAAUAAAAAUGUGACCAAUAUACAAAUUUCCCACAAAUGCAUGCAUAAAGGAUUAAAAUAUUGCAGGUUAAAGUAGGCAAAUGGUGCGUUGUGUUUUCCAAGUUAGGUUGAAUGAAAAUAUUUUAAAGAAUACAGACUAAAAAACAAACAAACUGUGUAUCAGCUAAGAGGACCAAAAUCUGUAAAUAUUAAAAUAUCUGAUUAUAUUUAUAAAGAUGUUACUUGUAUGUUUUCUAAAUGAUUUAUGUGCCUGUCAGUGGCUGAAAAAUAUGCUAUCAUUAGAGUCAGGUCAGGGGAUGUUUUUAUCUUUUGGCUCUUUCUAUGUAGGUGUAAUGUAGCGGAUUAAAAAACAACUCUUGAUAGAAAAAGACUGUUAUCACUUCUUUGCUUAUUUUCUGUAAAAAAAAAAAACACUCAUGUUUGGUCAUGCACUGAAUAUUUCCUUUUUUUUUACUAGUGUAAAUAUAAAAUAUUUAUUUCUGAGGAUUUUUAUACUGUUCUAGAGAGUACGAGAAUACUUUUUUUUUUUUAGAUUUUAAUCAAAAGACUUAGGUUCCAGUUGGUUUUGUACUGUACGAUAGAACAAUAAAGUCUAUAUUUUCAAUUAAGCUGCCCUUGUGAAUGUGUCAACAUUACAACCAUUAUUUGUGUUGUGUUUGCUGUAUUUGAGAGAGUUUUGACUACGGACCGAGCCAACAUAUAAGCCUGUCCCUGGGUGUCCUUUGCUUAAUCCUAUUACCACCACCAAAGCAGCCUCUUUCUCCAGCUCCACAA